UUUUGGCUCAAGGGGGGGGGCCGUUUUUGCGGCCGGCGGCGGGGGCCUCUCGCGCUCGGGGGGCCGGAGCGGGGCUUCUGCUCCUGGAGACGCCCGGGGGAGGCCGCCCCUCCGCGGGCCGUCCUCCGCGCCGCGGGGCCCUGAGGCGAGUUCGCUCCUCGGGGGCGGCGGCGGCGAUGGUCACGAAGUCCGCGGUCAUCGGCAUCGACCUGGGCGCCUCCGAGUCCUACGUUGCCUACGUGGGGAAGGGCAUCGUGGACGUCGUACAGAACGAGGUGUCCAAGCGCGCCACUCCGACGCUGGCUAGCUUCAACGACCGCGAGCGCAUGUUGGGCGACCAGGCCCUGGCCCAGAUUCGCUCCAACGCCAAGAACACGUGUAGGAACUUCAAGCACCUGUUGGGCAGGAAGCUGGACUCGCCCGACCUGGAGAAGGAGCACUUCUGGUCCCUGUCAAAGCUGGCGGAGACGGACGACGGGUUUGCUGGCUACGAUGUCAUCUACAAAGGUGAGCAACGGGCCAUGUCCGCCACGGUCGUCACCGCCAUGUACCUCACCAAGCUCAGGGAGAUCACAGAGAAGUGGUGCCAGGCCAAGGUGGCGGACGCGGUCAUCUCGGCGCCGUCUUGCUAUUCGGACGUCCAGAGACAGGCGCUCCUGGACGCGGCGAAGAUCGCCGGGCUGUCGGUGCUGCGCAUCAUGAACGAGCACACGGCAACCGCCCUUGCUUACGGCAUCUACCGGUCCAACGACUUUGACCCAGAGAAGCCGAUGACCGUCGCGUUCUGCUCCAUGGGGCACUCGAUAUUCUCGGUGUCCAUCGUGCAGUUCGUGCGUGGCCGGCUGACGGUCCUCUGCGAGAGGAACGACAAGGUCGGGGGGCGGGACCUCGACGAAUGCCUGAUGCGGGCGUUCGCCGCCCAGUUCAAGGCGAAGGUCGGGUGCGACCCCCUCUCGAACAAGAAGUCGGCUUACAAGCUCGAGGAUGCGGUGACGAAGACGAAGAAAGUCCUCUCGGCCAACAGCGAGGCCCCCGUCACGGUGGAGUGCCUCAUGGAGGAUCACGACUUCUCCAGCAACAUGCAGCGCGCCGACCUGGAGAAGAUGUGCGAGCCGGCGAUCGUCAGGGUCAAGGCCGUGCUGGAGGCCGCCAAGGCGGCAUGCGGCUUGACGAUGGAUCAAAUAGACUCUGUGGAGAUGGUGGGCGGCGGGUCGCGCGUGCCGUGGGUGAAGGAGGUCUGCAAGGAGGCGUUCGGGAAGGAGCUCUCCACCACCAUGAACCAGGAAGAGAGCGUCGCCAGGGGGUGCGCUUUGCAGGCGGCCAUCCUGUCGCCGCUCUACAAGGUUCGGGACUUCAAGGUCGAGGACUCCUCGCCCUUCGCGGUCGAGAUUGGCUGGACUGGCAGCGCGGCCGACGCGCAGGCCACGAAGGACGACGACUUCGGCGACACCCACAUGGCUGGCGGGGAGGGCGAGACCAAGACGGCCACGGUUUUCCCGGAUGGGUCCCUGAUGGACUUGACGAAGAUGAUGACUUUCUACAGGAGAGAGGCGUUCGACGUCAAGGCGUUCUUCAGCGAGGGGAGCGCACUGCUGCCCAACACGCCCAAGGAGCUCGGUAAUUGGCGGGUGGAGCUGCCGACCCAGGAGGAGCCCAAGAAGGUGAAGGUCAAGGCUAAGCUCACCUUGCACGGCACCUUCAACAUUGAGGGCGCCCAGCUCCUCGAGGAAGAGGAGUAUGAGGAGAUCGUCAAGGAGAAGCGCGAGCUGCCCCCGGAGCCAGAGGGCAAGGCCGAGGAGCCCGAGGGGGCGGAGGCCGAGGACGACGACAGGGACAAGGGCGACAAGGAGGAGCCGAAGGAGCCGAAGGAGCUGGCCAAUGACGCCGAGGCGGCGCCGGCCGCCGAGGCCGAGGAGGCCAAGCCGGAGGGCGCAGCGGAGCCCGCCGCGCCGCAGGGCGCGGGUGGCGACGAGGCCGCGCCAGAGGCCGCCGCGAAGGGCGAGGAGGAGAAGAAGGACGAGGACGGCGACGAGCCGAUGCCCGACGCCGCCAAGGGCGGGGAGGAGGCCGGCGAGCCGUCGCCCGGCGCCAACGGGGAGCAGAAGGGCGACGCCGAGGAGAAAUCCAAGAACGGGCACGCCGUCGAGCCGGAGAGGCCCAAGAAGAAGAGGAAAAAGGAACCGGAGAAGAGGUACGAGUGGAUCGAGGUCGUGAAGAAGAAGAGGCGGACGAAGCGCACCGACCUGGAGGUGACCGUGGGGGGCCGGCCUGGGCUCAGCGACGCGGUGAUCCAGGAGAAAAUGGACGAGGAGACAGCCAUGCAGGCGGACAUGAAAGAGAUCAUCGAGACCGACGAGAAGCGGAACGACUUGGAGUCUUACAUAUUCCAGAUCCGGGACAAGGUCACCGAGAGUGGAGAAUAUGGUCCAUUCCUCUCUGGGCCAGACAGGGAAAAGUUUUCCACCGAGCUGACGCAGGCGGAGGACUGGCUGUACGACCACCCCGAAGGGACCAAGAUCGAGUACAUAGACAAGCUCGAUGAGCUGAAAAAUACUGGCGACGUGGCUGUGUGGAGAUUCGAGGAGGCCCGCAUGCGGGAGGACUGGAUCAAGGCAGUCCAAGGCACAGUGGAGAACUACCGCAACGCCGCCCAGUCGCCUGGGGACAAGUACGGCCACAUCGCCGCGAAGAAAUUGGCGAAGAUCGUCGGUGCUUGCAACGAUCUCGAAAAGUGGCUUAGGGACACGCAGGCCAAGCAGGAGGCUAUGCCAAAGCACGAGAAGCCGGUGCUGAUAUGCGCCGACAUGGAGAAGAGGAAUCAGGAGCUCGCCAGGGUGGCCGACGAGAUCCUGAGAGAGCCGAAGCCGCCGGCGCCCAAAGCGGAGAAGAAGGAACCCAAGGGGGACAGCAACGACGGCAAGGAUGGACCCCAGGACGAAGCCCUCAAGGAGGACGGGGAGAAGAAGGAAGAGCCGGCCGCGGAGGAGAAGGAGGCGCCGCCGCCGAACCCGCCGGCCCCUAAGAGGGACGAGAUGGACGUGGACUGAGCAGCGCGCUCGUUUUGUCUGCCCUCCUUCCUCCCGCUCCCCCUGCGCUCAUCGCCUCCCCUCGCUCCCCCUCGUCGCUACCUUCCGCUGCGUGCACGCUGCCUGUGGCCCGUGGGGGCCCGUCUGUCUGCGGGUGUGACGGCGGUGGCAGCUGCGGCCGCGCGGCCAGCCGGAGCGACGCAUGGAGCAUGGUAGCCGGGGGGGUUUGGCUGACCUCUCGGGGCGGUCCGAGGAGGAGAAAGGGAGGGGAAGGCGAGCGAAACAGGGUUGCCAGGGGCCGCGCCGUGGUGCGGCCGUGCAGCCCGCAGUUCCGCGGUAGGUCAGAUCGUUGUGUGGUAGCCCGCGCAUCACAGGCAUGUUGGUAUCCCACGACGCGGCGCCCAUCCCUUCUCUCUCUCUCUCUCUCUUUCUGACACCCGCCUCCUCAUCCCUCUCUCCACUCCGCAGGUUGCCGGGGCUAGCCGGCAGCUUGCGGGCCCGCGUGUACCCGACAGACCAUGGUGGCUCUGCGCUCCACAGACGGGCACAAGCGCCUGCGGUGUGGAAGUAAAACAA